GGUCUGGCCGCGAUGGCGACCCUGUGGGGAGGCCUCCUCCGGCUUGGCUCCAUGCUCAGCCUGUCCUGCCUGGCGCUCUCCGUGCUGCUGCUGGUGCAGCUGUCAGACGCCGCCAAGAGUUUCGAGGAUGUCCGAUGUAAAUGUAUCUGUCCUCCCUAUAAAGAUAAUAAUGGGCAUAUUUAUAAUAAGAACAUAUCUCAGAAAGAUUGUGAUUGCCUUCAUGUCGUGGACCCCAUGCCUGUGCGGGGGCCUGACGUAGAAGCAUACUGUCUACGCUGUGAGUGCAAAUAUGAGGAAAGAAGCUCUGUUACAAUUAAGGUUACCAUUAUAAUUUAUCUCUCCAUUUUGGGCCUUCUCCUUCUGUACAUGGUGUAUCUUACUCUGGUUGAGCCAAUACUGAAGAGGCGCCUCUUUGGACACUCACAAUUGAUACAGAGUGAUGACGAUGUUGGGGAUCACCAGCCUUUUGCAAAUGCCCAUGAUGUGCUGGCCCGUUCCCGUAGUCGAGCCAAUGUGCUGAACAAGGUAGAGUAUGCCCAGCAGCGGUGGAAGCUUCAAGUUCAAGAGCAGCGAAAAUCUGUUUUUGACCGACAUGUUGUCCUCAGCUAAUUGGGAAUCAAAAUCAAGGUGACUAAAAAAAAUAAGGCAGACAACUGGAAAGAAUUGACUACUUUUUCCUGGGUUUUAACUUAAUACCCCAUUGAUUUUACCAACUCUUGCUGGAAAAUUCAAAACUGAAAGCAAAAACAUGCUUGGUAUUUUUUUUUCUUAUAAAUGUAUUAAUGGAGACAUUUUUAAAAGCACACAGUUCAGUCAGUCAAUAAACCUUUUCCUAUUUAUGACUUUUACUAAUAAAAAUAAGUCUGCCUGUAAAUUAUCUUGAAGUCCUUUACCUGGAACAAGCACGCUCUUUUUCACCACACAGUUUUAACUUGAUUUUCAAGAUAAUUUUCAGGUUGUGUUUGUUUGUUUGUUUGCUUUUGGUGAAAUUGAGGAGGUAUGCGUGAGAUAUGCUUAAUAUAACUUUCUCAAGUCACUUUACUAAGUAAACUUUUGUAAAUAGACCUUAUCUUUUACUUUCAAGUUUCCCUUAUAUUUUGCAGCAUAGCCAUCCUCAUCAAAGCACUGACUUACUCGUUUGACUUUUGCACUGACUGUAUUAUCUAGGUAUCUGGUUGGCCUGUGGCUAUACUUCCUGGUAAACUGGAUCGGAAAUGCCUGGUGGCUUUUCAAAAAAUGCAGAUUUUUUUUUUUCAUAUAUGAUGAUGUCUGAUGCAAUGCAUCCUAAAAUAAACUGGCCUUUUGCUAGUUUACUCUAAUGACUAAACAUAGUCUUGUGUGUGUGGUCUUUCUCAUCUUCUAGUAUCUUUUAAGGACAAACCUAAGGACUUGGACACUUGCAAUAAAGAAGUCUUUUAAACCCAAGCCUCCUUGGAUUGAUGACAUACACAUGUUUGGCAGCAUUUCUGGCUGUUUUGAGAGGCAGCUGUUUGAGCUAUAGUAUAUGCAGCUUUGAAUAAGGCCUAGGGUUCUGGGUGCCUCUCUCUGAAAAGUAUAACAGUUAUUGGAUAACUGGCUUUUUUUUCUUCUAUGUCCUCUUUGAAAUGUAACAAUAAAAAUCAUUUUUAAACCAUC